AUGAGCGGAGAAGGGAAGGUAGUGUGUGUAACAGGAGCUUCUGGUUACAUAGCUUCAUGGCUGGUCAAGCUUUUGCUUCAACGUGGAUACACUGUCAAAGCCUCAGUUCGUUACCUCAAUGAUCCAAAGAAAACGGAACACUUGCUUUCACUAGAUGGAGCUAAGGAAAGACUUCAUUUGUUCAAAGCAAAUUUAUUAGAAGAAGGAUCCUUUGAUCCUGUUGUUGAUGGAUGUGAAGGUGUUUUUCAUACAGCAUGUCCUGCAUAUUCUACAGUCACUGAUCCACAGGCAGAUCAACUGAUUGACCUUGCAGUGAAGGGAACACAAAACGUUUUUAGGUCAUGCACAAAGGUUCCUUCUCUAAAGAGGGUCGUGUUAACGUCGUCCAUGGCUUCGGUUUCAUUCAACGGGAAACCUCUUGCGCCAGAUGUUGUUAUUGAUGAGACAUGGUUUUCAGAUCCUGUUUUCUGUGAGGAGUCAAAGCUUUGGUAUAUGCUUGCGAAAACCUUAGCUGAAGAGGACGCUUGCAAAUUCGCAAAAGAAAACGGGAUUGACUUGGUUGCAAUUAAUCCAGGACUUGCGAUCGGCCCUAUGUUACAGCCAACUCUUAAUCCCAGUGUGAAGAAUAUUCUAAAUCAACUAAACGGUGCUCAAACCUUCCCAAAUAAAGUCCAUGGGCUUGUUGAUGUUAGAGAUGUAGCAUUAGCACAUAUUCAAGCAUUUGAAGUUGCUUCCGCUAGUGGCAGAUGCUGUUUAUCUGGACAAGUCGCCCACAUUGCUGAGGUUCUCGAUAUUUUACGACGACUCUACCCCUCUCUGAGCAUUCCCGAAAAAUGUGAAGAUGACAAGCCUCUCUUGCCAAAGUACCAAGUUUCAAAGGAGAAAGCGAAAAGUUUGGGAAUUAACUUCACCCCUUUGGAAGUGAGUUUGAGGGACACUGUUGAAAGCUUUAAGGAAAAGGGGUUUCUCAACUUUUGAGUUUUUCCCUUGACAGAAAAUUCUUGAAUAAGUAAUUGCAGAAAAAUUAAAGAUCUUUAUCCUUGUGGU